AUGGACUGCAAAGGAACCGAGAAGUCCCUGUCCAGCUGUCCCUUCAAGGGCUGGGCGUUGACCGACUGUUCCCACAAGGAGGACACAGGGGUCGUUUGCACAGAUUUGACCAGUGACAUAACACAUUUCCUGGACCACAGUCUGGGCCUGUCAGAUGACCUGGGCGAGCUGUUUGACCGUGGGGAUGACUGUGACUUCCUCAUCACAAUCCAGAGCCCCACAGGGAACAGAGAUGGGGAGGGGAAGUUGGAAGUGGAGGAGAGGAACAUCUGCACCCACAAACUGAUCCUCUCUCUCUACCCACACUUCAACAUCACCAACGGGUCCAGUAACCUCUCCCUAGAGAUUAGCCAAGCCUGCAGCCCCUGUGUCACCAGCUUCAUCAGGUACCUUUACACCCGCAAGAUUGACGUGACCGUCUCCUCUGCCCAGUGCCUCCACAAGCUGGCCUCAAAGUUUGGGGUGAAACGGCUGAUGCAGGACACUGGCAGGCUCUUCACCGUACUCCUCCCUGAGGACCCCUCCUUCUACACCCAGGUCUCCCUGUACCAGUACUCCGUCCAGACCGGGGACCUGCUGCUUCAGGAGAACUGCCUCCAGUACCUGGCCUGGAACUGCGAGGCUCUGAUCAACUCCCCGGCCUGGAGCGACCUCUCCACAGACUUCCUGAUGGCCCUCUUGGCACGGUCUGACCUUGUGGUACCGGACGAGGGGUUCCUCCUGCAAGCGCUGGAGAGUUGGAUCAUAGAGAAGGGUGACUCGACCGGCACCGAGAGCCAGGCGGCCAUGUUAGGCCACAUCCGCUUCCCGAUGAUCCCUGCCGAGGAGCUCUACGACCUGCAGUUCACCUCAGAGCUCUACAGGAGCCACGAGAAGCUCUAUCGUGUCAGCAUGCUCAGAGGCUUCCAGUUCAACGCCUUGUCGUUCGACACUCUGAGGAAGCACAAAAGCAGCGAGAGUGAAGAAGAGCAUGAUUACCAUCCCAGGAUCUCCACUGCUGAGCCAUGGAGCGUCACCAUCAACUCAACCAACAAAGAGCCACCACGCCAAGAUAUGCGUUAUGAUUACAACAGGCGCUACAAUAACUACCAACCUUAUUACUCCACGCCAGACUAUGUCAACUCAUUCACAACACCAAACCACAAUAGUGUGAUUUACCAGACCAAGGAAACCAACCCCAUCAGUUGGUCAGCAAGAGUCUUUAAGAACCAACGAGAAUGUUCCAGGUGUAUUUCCUUCCCCACUGCCAGUCUCUCUCUCCAAAGCAGCCUCAGACAAAACCAGACCAACAGUGUUCGCUUCAGCAACCAACUGCUCCUAACAUGCGAGGGCAGGUAUGUCUUUCACGUCCAGGACUUCAAGAACGACAUGGCCCAGAUCCCUACUAACAGCAGUCUGGCCCUGUCCAACCCCUGUCCUGAAGGCCAGUAUGACUUUCGCUUCGUGGUGAGACCAGAAUACAUCUGAUAGCACUGCCUGGCA